AUGUUGAGAAAUAUAUUACUUAAAAAUAAAGAAAAUAGUCCAGAAUUACUCUCAAGAGUAAUUAGACUUCAAGUUGAAUUAACAAAGCCUGAUAACAAUAUAUUUAGUUUUCCUGAUUUAUGCAAAGAAGCCGGUAUAGAGCUUCCAAAUCCACACUCAAGUCUUUAUCCUUCAACUUCUGAAAGUGAUUCGGAAAGUCUAGAAAUAUUAGAGAAUUCAGAAAAAUAUGCAAAUGAAGAAAAUAAUACUGAUGGUAAAAAGAAGAGAGCUAAAAGAGUGGAACGUUAUGAUAUUUCGGAUCCUUUCGUCGAUGACAGUGAUCUACCAUCAUUUCAAAGUGAUAAAGAUAAAAUUCGUCCGAAAAUUGAUGGCUACUACGUUUGGAGAGGGCCGUUAGUAUUGGAAAAUUCAAAAAGAAAAUAUAAUCGUAAGGCAAAAGUAACUAGUGACGAAGAAAUAGCAAAUGAUGACGAGGAAAUAGCAAAUGAUGAUGAGCAAACUCACCAAAAAAGAAAAUAUAAACGUAAAGCCAAAGCAGGGAAUGACGAGGGAAUGGAAAACAGUGAUAAGGAGAAUCCAAUAAAAAGAAGGCACAAGUGUAAAGCAAAAGCAAAGGAUGACAAGAAAGUUGCAAAUGGUGAUGAAGGGAUGGCAAUGGGUAACAAGGAAAAUCUAAGAAAAAGACAAUAUAAGCGUACAGCAAAAUCAAAUGAUGACGAUGAUGGUGACGAGGAAAAUCUAAAACCUCGUAAAAAAUGGAACAAAAAAUCUGAUAAACCUGACAUAAGUGGAAAAGUCAAGAAAACAAGGAGAAAAGCUCCUCCAAAGAAUACAAGAACUCCUACUAUAAAGAAUCAAGAUGUUUUUUCUUCUUCGCACACUAGUUUAAACAAGCAAAAAUCACAGCAGCAGCAAAGAGUUUCCCUUGAUUUAAACAAUUCAAUGCAAAUCGACACUCAAGAUGAUAAUAACCAUAAUCUUGUGGAUCCACUUCAUCCAGAACUACAAGAGUUUGUCUCUCUUUUUAAGAAUGAAGUCUCAAAGGAAAAUUUUGGUGUUAGAUCAAAAUUUCCUCAAGUUCUCAACCCUAAUUUGACUAGGUUACUUUGUAAAGCAUAUGAACUUGAUGAAUUUAACGACAUCCUUUUUAAUGUGUUGACAAAUAUCUUACCAUAUAAUAAAUUCACAUUGAAAAGUUCAGUUGACGAAAUAAUUCCUGAUCUAUUAAGUGAAUAUAAUGAUAAAUUAGCAAGAUUGGAUCCUGUCUCCUCCCCAUCGUUACCACCACCAUCAUCGUCGCCAUCAUCAUUGAAUAAUACCGAUACUGAAAAUAUAGGAUGUGAUAAAAAAACUUCAAAAAGUAAAAAACCCGAUUCAAUUUUACCAAAAAGAUUUUGUUGGAAUAAUAGAACAAAAUCAUUAUUGUAUGAAAUCAUUCGAACAGAAUUAUCCAUAGUUGAAAUGACUAAUCAACUUGCAGAGUCAGAAGAAAAACCAACAAGGCUUUCAGAACUAACUUGUAGAAAAAAUUUAUAUCAACACCUCUUGACAAUUUGGCCUGAUGGUUGGAUGACAACUUAUGAGAUAGGAAGAGUACAUAGUGGAUAUAAGAAGAAGCAUCAAUUAUCAUAA